GUGGUGGACAAAUCAAUUUCUGUUCUAUUGAAGAUCUUGUAAAAGUUGAUCACAUCGCAUCCAUACAUCCAUUCACCCACCCACCACCCAUUUGCUUAUUCAGCAGGUGUUUGUGUGUUUGGUGUACGUCUCACCUUGCUUCGUAGAAUUUUUGAUAUAUAAACGGACUCCAGUGAACCAGUCGUACACAAUACGCGGUGGAAUAAUAAUAAUAAUUCUUGCUGAGUACCCAAAAUGGAUUUCUUAAAAACAUCAUUCGGUUGGAAUAAUGCAGAGUAUAAUCAAAAUUUAGAAGAAACAUGGAAUGUAAUUUAUCAAAAUAGUAUGAAAAAUUACUAUACUAUAAUGAAUAGUUUAUCAAAAUGUACAACAUUAUCUGAAUCAACAAAUGAUACAAGUCAAUUGUGCAGUUUCAAUUCAAAUCCAUUAGCCUAUGAUUAUAAUACAGCUAUCAUUUCAACUACUAAUAAUGAUACUACUAUUAACAAUAAUAGUACUAUAGAGAAAUAUACUGAAAAUAAUGAGCAAAAUGAACCAAUUAAUCUGUGUAUUCGUGAUCAGCAUGACGCAACAGCAUACAAAAAUGGAUGUGAUAUUAAAGUUGAUAAUACGAAUAAUAAUAGUAAUAUUAUUUGUCCAAAUAAUAUUCAAUUUCAUAAUAUCAUUUCUGCUAUAACCAAUGACAGUAAUACUCAUAAUAAUAAUAACAUUAAUAACACUAAUUCACUAUAUUUCACUGAUAUUACUAACAGACUGAAUACAGGAUAUUUAAUGAAUCCAAAUUACGCAAUAAAUAUGAAUCACUCUAGUAUGACGUCAUCAGAAUUUAAACUGAUCCCGGAUUGUUUGAAUCCAUUCCUUUUAAUGAAUUUUAAUAAUAUGUAUGAUAAUAUGAGCAACAGCAAUAUCAGUAAUAAUAUUAAGGGCCAUUCAAUGUAUUCAACACUACGUACACCAUCGCCAACAAUACAACAACACCAACAACAGUCAGAAGUAGGCGGUGUAUUUCUGACAUCUACACCUGUAUGGCGUAAACAGAAAGCAUUCCAGCAUGAAAAUCUGAACAAAUCUCCAUGGCUAUCAGGAGAACAACAAGCCGGUGAAAUGCAAACAACAAAUACAGAAAAUAUGAAAUGGAGAAAAUAUUCACGACAUCCUAAUCGUUUUGGAUAUUCACGUAAUAAAGUUCUACAAGCGCAAAGAAAACUUCAGCGUAAAUUCAAUAAUCACAUUGUUAACAGUGAUCAGAAUGGUGAUCAGAAUGCUGGAGACAGUAGCAGCAUCAACAACAACAAUAAACCGCGUAUGCAUAGAUCUUCUAGUGGUAGAAGACGUCGUGUUGGUUGGCGUGGUACAACUAUAUGUGCAAAUUGUGGAAUGAUAUUUGAAGGAAUGAAUCAUUUAAAUCAUCAUUAUUCCCUAGUUCAUGGUCAUUUAUUAACAACUGAAUUGACUUCAACACAAUACUCAAAUAAUAAGACAUCGAAAUUAUUAUUUCAAGCUCAACUUGAUCUUUUAAUCUCUGAAAAAGCAUCAAAAGACGGUUGUCCGACAUCAACAUCAACACCAUCAUCAUCACUAUCCACCAGUGAUGAUCAUAUUCAACAGUCAAAAUCACCAUUACCACCACCACCAGUAUCAUCAUCAUCAGCUGAGACAGUAGUGAUAAGCGGUGAUUGUAUCAAUUCCCCCUGUGUAGAGUCAACAAUCACUACUACUUCUACUACCACAACGGCAACACUGACGUUAACGACAAUGACAACACUACCAACCCCAGCUAUUCAACCGAUAAAAAGUUAUCCAUGCCCAAAGUGUAAUUAUACAGCUAAAUGGCCAACGGAAUUACAAAAACAUGUUAUGGUACAUGCUAAUUCACGCCCGUUUGUCUGUUGUGUUUGUGCAACAAGUUAUAAAUGGAGUUGGGAUUUAGGUCGUCAUUUUACAAAUUCACAUCCUAACUUGCCUAAUCCAUAUAAACGUCAAAGGAAUAAUAAACAACAACAACAGCCACAACAACAGCAACAACAGUGGGAAGAGCCAUCCACAUUGAAACAAGAAGAUUUAUGAUAUAAAAAGCAGUAAAAUGGCUGGCUUACUAGAAGUUAUACAAAUUCCCUGCGCCUGCAUAUCUCUCACUCUAUCUGAUUGAAUAUACCGAUUAUCCACUGCCUUACUUUCUUAUAUAUACAUAAAUAUUAUGCCUAUUUUUAUAUACUUAUAUAGACAGAAUAACACUUCCUUUAUUUGUUUAUUCGUUAAUGACGUCAUAAUCAUGCAGUCUUACGAAACAAUAGACAAUGAUUACUACUCAGGGAAGGAAGGUAGACGGCAGGUUUUGCUUUAUUCCUCAGGAAAAUGUGAGAACUAUACAUAUUUGCAUAUGCAUAUUUUUGAUCUAGUUCAAUUGAUUUUUUAGUGUAUACAUGAAUAUUUUUCUCUUAAAGAUGCUGAUUUUUAUCUCAUCUUCUGCCCCCCCCCCAACCCAGCGGUGGGGGCCUCCUUA